UUGUCGGUAAAAUACAACUAAUGGGCCGUGAAUUCCUCUCUCUCUCUCCCCCCGUCGUUUAGGCUGAUUGGACGAUAAGCGAGGUAGGUGAUUUAACCGUGUCAAUCUAUCUCGUACGAGUUAUAUGAUGUUUGAUUUCCGUUCUAGAUUGUACGACCUUGGCUUUCCCAAUUUGAUUUUAAAGUCUUGAAUGAUGGAUGAUGCCAAGUAUGAGGCUGUUACUGGGGUCAUUUGGGACAUCAAGAGGUGUCCGGUUCCCACUGGCUUUGAUGCUCGUCGGGUCGGUCCGUGUAUCAGACGGUUAUUGGAGAAUUUAGGCUACACUGGUCCUCUCACCAUCACUGCCGUUGGCAUACUGACAGACGUCUCUGAUGACUUUCUGCGAGCCAUCACUUCCACUGGAAUCACUCUUGAUCACGUCCCCUACGAUUACAAGAGCAUUGUGACAGUUAUGUAUAACUGGACCGAUAGCAAUCCACCCCCAGCCAAUUUAAUGGUCAUAUCCACAGCCUUCGAUAAAACCGUCGAGGCUCUUGGGGAGGAUAAGUGCAGUGGAAAGAGUGAAUCUGUCCCCUGGGUUUGCUCAGUAUGCGAAGAUGUUGAUGGCCAAGGCUUGGAUGAAUUCAAAAGCCAUCUCUCUAGUCAAAAACAUGAACUUGAGGUGUCCAACUGGUUCCCUGAGAAGCAACAGCAUUCAGCACCAAGUGAGUCUCAUGAUGAGGAAGACCAGGAGGAGGCUGUUGAAGCGGGAGUUGAGUCUCCCCUUGAUUCUCAUCCGAAUAAUUCUACUACCAUGUUGAGGAAGCAACCAAAGUGAUCCCUUUGUCCCCCUAUCUUGUAUAUAUUGUGCACUCCAUCUGCUUUGCAAGCUGUUGUGGUGCAUUUUUGUAGUGUCGGGUAAAGCAUGUAAUAGUGAGGCCAGAAUGUGAUGGUAUAGUGAAACCAUUGGAAGCUGAUGAUGAAUUUUUUUUGUGGACUUAUGUGGAUGUUAUUUCUUGUCACUUGUUCCCAUUGUCAUAAUUAGCUUAUAUCCUAGGUUGUGAAGAUUAUCUUUUCCAUGAGACCCUUGUGUUUGUUAAAUAUCACUAGACUCAAUGCCAAACCUACUGUUAUAAGAAGCAAGUUAUCAAACAGGAUGCUUCUAGGAGAAAGUACCAAUCGUUCAAGCGAGCCUCGUGUGCUUAGGCAGGUAUUAUAUAGUAAACACAUGUUUCUCUUAUAAUCGCGUCUUAACUUUAGAAUCCUGUUAACGAUAACCUGCCUCUCAAUUAUCUCUAGUACUUUAUUUUACAAUCGUAAUUAUUUUAGCUGCGCUAUUGC